AGACCCAUACGCAACUCACACUUCUCAUCGCCCUCCUCGACGCCGCCGCUUGACCUUCUCAUCCUCUCCUCUUCCUUCAUCGAACCCACGCGUGUCGCCGUCAUAUUCCUCUUCGUCACACUCUUUUCUGGCGUGCCACCGUGCCGUCUCCCUCCUCGGCGCCUCCCAGCUCGCGUGCGUCUAGCGCGUCGGAACGUGCUCCUGCAAACGACCACACACCUCGUCUCUCCCUCUUUUUUCUUCCGCCUCAACAUCCACACUACGCCUCCCCCCCUCCCUCCUUCAUCGCCUUGCCUUCGCUCCCGCCGUCAUCGUCGUCAACUCCGCGCACGCAUGGAUGCGAUAUUCUGUUGAAGCGAUGCUUCGGGAAUGUCGCGCACAGCUGACCACCUUGAGAGUCCCGACAACGAGACUCGGUUAGCGAGCGGAGGCGCCCAUCAUCUCCCCAUCUUCCAUCUUCAUCCUCGCUCCCCGUCUUGUCCGGUCUGUCGUCGCUGCUCGCCGUCCGCAGUGCGCACGCGAUCAGCCCGGUACCACGUCCCUCCGCGCUCUCGCGCCUUUGCCCACAUCGAAGACGAUGAACAGCAACGGAGCCUCGCCGAGCGACAUCUUGACCACCGGAGGCUCUGCUAGCUCGCUGGCCAGCGCUGCCUCGUCCGUCUUCUCCAACUCCCUUUCUGGCCAUCACUCUUCGGGCGACUCGCACAUCACCAUGAACUCCCUGACUCCUCUCACCCAUGCCGAGUCGCCUCCGCCCGGCAAGAUGCUCAGUCCGCGAUCGCACAAGCGUUCGUACGAGCAGAUGGCCAACGGCACCUCAGCCCACCACCAGCACGGCGAAAACUCUCCUUACCUCGCGCCUGGCUCGACGUCGCGCGCCGUCUCCGAGACUAUCACGCCGGUGCAGACUCCGCCCGACUCGUCCCUACAAGCUCGACCUACCGGCCCGGGCGAAGUCACGGCCAUCAGUCGCAUCUACGAUCCCACUUUUGACAAGUCCCUCAAUGAGAAGCAGCGCAGACAGAUGCAGCCCACAUACCGCACAUACACUGCUGAGGUACGUUCUACAAGCAUGCAAGCGUUGUUUUGCUGACAUGAGAUGACGAUAAUGACCCAUUACCACCGCCAUGACGAUGGCGAUGGCAUGGGCCAUUUUCUCGAUCAUCGAUGAUUUGUUGCGCAUGCUUCCAUGAAUAACGCAGCAACAAGAUGAAGAAGAAAACGGCUAACUUGCAUGCUUGUAGAACGAGGGCUUGCCCAAAUCAGAUGGGAGACUUGCCAUUGCCGGUUACACAACCGGCCGAUACCAGAAGGACGACAAGGAUGAGGAUAUCUACAAACGCCAGCGCCUCGUGCUUGCCCCCAUAAAGUGGACGUACUCUCUUGACAAACACUCCAUUGGGCCCGGUAGACCCACGAGAGUUGUGGUGACGGGUUUCAGCGUCCUCACCGCAGAGGCGAAACUCCGUUCCUUGCUGAGCAGCUAUGGCGACAUAGCCGAAUGCAUGAACCACAUCGACCCAAUGUCGGGGGCGCCACUGGGAGUUUUCUCUGCCCGGUUCCAGGACCGGUUCUCCAAAGGUCAGCUCGUACUGAAGGCCACGGACGCGGCCCAGCGAGCCGAAAAGGAAGGCAAUGGCACCCGCGUCGACCAGGCGGCAAUCAAGAUCCAACUGGAUCGUGAGGGCAUCAAGUGUAAAAAAUAUAUCGAAAGCAGACUGCAAUCGAAACGGAAACAGCAGGAAAAGCUCCAGGCGGAGGAGGCGCAGAGGCGGCCUCUGCCCAAGGCGAUUCCGACAGGUCCUGCGUCCGCGCCUCCCAACGCACCAAAGGGGCCGUCGGGCAGGAUGAUGGCUCCUCCCAUCGGGCCGGCUCCUCGCAAAGCUCCCAUUCUACACAAGCCCAGGCCCGAGCCAGCAACCGCCGUUCCUGGCCCAGGCAUAGGCUCUUCCCACACGACGCACUCCGCGCACUCCCUGGUAUCAAUGGAGCCCCUUCUGCCGACGAUGAAGAAGACGCCGUAUCUGUUCCUUGCGCACCGCUUCGUUCCCGUCCUGGGCACAACAAUUGCGCACUUGAAGAAGCGACUGCGAUCUUACGACUGGAUAGAGGUCAAGUGCGAUCGAACAGGGUACUUUGUGACGUUCGAGAAUUCGCGUCACGGUAUCAACGAGUGCAAGCGAACGUAUGAAGAGUGCAACAUGUACCCCCUUUUCACAUACACGAUGAACUUUGAAUGUCACGAGAACGGUAAUCCGAACUAUGUACGGAGUCCAAGUCCCGAGCGCGUUGCAGCCGAACAGCGCAAGAAGGAACAGAAGCGAAGGAUAUACCUCGAAGACGAGCGAGAUUUUGAGCGCGAGAAGCAGGAGCGCGCCGAGAACCUGGAUCCCGUGCGUGCAGCGCUCGACCUGCUCAUGCCCGAACUCAAGGACACCAUCAUGAAGGAGAUCAAGGCCAAGAUCGCGCUGCCUCACAUCUUUGACUGCCUCCACCCGGACAAGCACAAAGAGAGGCGCGCACAGCUCGGCUUGCCCGAUCCACGUGAGUCGGAUCUUGCGAAGCCAAUCCUUCCACUGGCAGGCCAGCUCUCUACCUAUGGCGCUCCGCAGAACCGCCAGAAACUACUGAACAAGAAGCCCUUUGGCAAAUUCACCAAGCAGCGAUUUGACAGGCGAGAGGAUUUCAAACAGCCCGUCAACGUGUACGACGAGCGGCGCAAGCGGCCCGUGCAGUCGCGAGCCCGUCCGAUCGUUCCUUUGCACAGACGGUUACAAGACUUCAAAGAUGAGGACGACUCAGACGACGAACGUCAGACCACCAUUACGCGUGAUUCGGAAGGCCCCGAAAGCCACCCUGUUAGCGAAGCUGGAUCCGGUACGCCAGCACGUGUCGAGGUCGACGAAGGCACAUCCACACCAAAGUCCAAGCGGCGCCGCAUUGAAGCUUGGGGCGUCGAUAGCGACGAUGAGCGGCAAGAGGCGUUUGCGCGCAAGGCUCUCGGUCAUCUCAUGGACAAAGAGCCGGAAGACAUGGCCAUGGGUGAACUGCAGCAGGUGCUCACCACGUUCCCACGGUCGUCAGAGAUCCGGCAGCGUGCCGCCGCAGAGAUCAAGCUUCGACACAAGGCCAAACUUGACGAUAAGCUGUUCGGCAUCGUUCCCGAGCCGGAGCCUGUUUCGACGCCCACCGAAACGGUCGAAGACGUGGAGAUGCCAGACGUGUCCGAGCGGGCGGCGAAACCGAAGAAGAAGGCAGCGGCUCCUAAGCCCAAGAAGAAGACCAAGAAGGAGAUUUUGGCCGAGGAAGAGGCCGCAAAGGCUGAGGCAAAGGCUGAAGAGGAGGCGAUGAAGACGCUCGAAGAGGAGGAAGCAGUAACCCCAGUCGUGGAAGCUGAGGAAGAGCCUCGUGCGGAGGUUGAAUGGGCGGUUUCAGAAGAGGCUCCGCGGAAGACGGUAGAAGACGACCCGGAUCUUCUGCUCGAUCUGGAUGGCUGGCAGAACAUUCUCAAGGACGAUGAGGACAUGAAGUUUUUGCAAGAGGCGCUCAACGGAGUCAAGCUUGCCAACAUCUCCGAUGCCAGGCUGUGGGCGUGGAAGCAGAAGCAGUUCAAGGCUCUGAACUCCAGCGACGCCAAGUCUGCUCCUCGUAUCGAAGGCUACUACGUGCCGAACUCGACCGGCUCGGCGCGUACGGAAGGCUAUAAGAAGAUUUCUCAGACCGAGAAAUCCAAAUAUCUGCCCCAUCGUAUCCGGGUUCAGAAAGCUCGUGAAGAACGAGAACGCGAGGCCAAGAACGACCCACAGAAGGCCGCCGAAGCUGCGAAGGCAGCGGCUGCGGCGAAGAUUGCGUCGACUGCCUCCUCUCGCUCGAAUCGCGUCAACAACCGCCGCCUCGUCAACGAAAUUUCCAUAUCCAAGGCCGUCCUCGGCACUGGCGGAGCCGACACUGACGCCCUCAAGUUCAAUCAGCUCAAGAAGCGCAAGAAGCUGGUGCGCUUCGAUCGCUCCGCGAUUCACAAUUGGGGUCUGUACGCCGAGGAGAACAUUGCUGCCAGCGACAUGAUCAUCGAGUACGUGGGCGAGAAGGUUCGACAACGAGUUGCCGAUCUGCGGGAGAUCAACUAUCAAAAACAGGGCAUCGGUUCUUCGUACCUGUUCCGUAUUGAUGAGGACACCGUUGUGGAUGCGACGAAGAAGGGAGGCAUCGCUCGCUUCAUCAAUCACAGCUGUGUGCCGAACUGUACGGCAAAAAUUAUCAAGGUGGAAGGAACCAAGAGAAUCGUCAUCUACGCGCUGCGGGAUAUCGCCAAGAACGAGGAACUCACUUAUGACUACAAGUUCGAGCGCGAGAUCAACAGCGACGAUCGGAUACCUUGUCUGUGUGGGAGCGUUGGCUGCAAGGGCUUUCUCAACUGAAGGGCCCAAGCAUGAAAAUUUCGGCCAGGCUUUUGUGGAUGGCCUUUUUUUUUAUUUCCCGAUUCAACACGUGCUGCUAUGGCCAGCGGCCGUGCUUUGCAUCUGGCGGAGUCAAUUUUCUUUUUUUUCUUUCAACAUCUUUGUCAGAGGUUACAUGCCGUGUUGCAUACGCACACGCAAUCGCGUGCAUAUAUGGAGUGCGCAUCACCAUUAAAAAUUCUUCGUGUCCCCUUUUGCAAGGCGCUUUGCGGGGUUUGCAUAAUUUUAAGUUUUCUCGUUUGUAACAUCACCAUCGUCACGGACAGUAAUAUAGGCUACCACCGUUACAGUUGAAGGGUAGCACGCUAUGGCUCAAAAGCGGUUGGGGAGCUUCGAGGCUUCGGAUGCUGUGGAACGAAGGGGCAUUGGGAUUGCUAGGAUGAAAGUGGCAUCUGGCAAGUUGGCGAGUAGGGAUAGAAACUAGGAGAUCUGAAAGCAAUAAAAAAGAUAGAGUCGAUCACGCCA